AUGAGUACCAGCACCGGAAAACCAACAUUUCAUGCCGCCAUGUUUCCGUUUCUUGCCAUGGGUCACUUAACUCCAUUUCUUCAUCUCUCAAACAAAUUAGCAGAAAAAGGUAACAAGAUCUCCUAUAUUUGUCCCCCCAAAACAAUCUCCAAAUUAGAAUCCAUGAAUUUAUAUCCAAAUCUCAUUACCUUUGUGCCACUCGGCUUACCGCACAUUGAUGGUCUUCCCCAUGGUGCCGAAACCUUCUCAGAUGUUUCACCUUCACUUGCUCACCUCCUUAUGUUAGCCUUCUUUGACUCGCGAAAGCAUGUUGAAUCUAUUCUUAUUGAUCUUCGGCCGGAUUUCGUUUUCUUCGACCACGCGCACUGGGUUCCAUCUUUUGCACGUCAAGUUGGCAUCAAAUCUGUUGCUUUCAUUACAAGCGGCGCUGCAUCUACUGCAUACAUUAUAGUACCUUCACGUAAUAUACAAAAUGAUGACGAUAAAACUAGGCUGAGUUUAAUGGAACCUCCGCCUGAUUUUCCACCUGAUUCUUCGUUAAAGCUUCACGCCCAUGAAGUUGAAGAUGCAAUACCAUUUUGGGCUGACAAGAACGAAGACAGCGGAGGUUUGACGACUCAUCAACUUGUGAUUAUUUUGAGCAAGGACCAAUUCCAAGAACUGAUUCUUGGCAUUGAGCGAACGGGGCUGCCAUUUCUCGCAGCGUUGAAACCACCUGCAGGUUUUGAGACUGUAGAUGAAGCAUUGCCAGACGGGUUCAAGGAGAGAGUUGGAGGGAGAGGAUUGGUUCAUGGUGGUUGGGUUCAACAGCCAAAGAUAUUGGCUCACAGGUCAGUUAGAUGUUUUGUGAGCCAUUGCGGGUUUGGAUCAUUGUCAGAAUCAUUGCUGAAUGAUGUUCAGUUAGUUUUGAUGCCGCAAUUGGAUGAUCAGUAUUUGACGUCGAGGCUAUUGAGUGGUGAACUGAAAGUGGCUGUUGAAGUCGAGAGGAAGAGAAAUGAAAGUUGGUUUAGUAAAGAAAGUAUUUGUAGUGCAAUUAAGAUGGUGAUGGAUGAAGAUAGUAAAGCUGGAUUUGAGAUAAAGGCUAAUCACUUAAGUUUAAAAGGUUUAUUGUCUAAACAAGGAGUCGAGUCGUCGUAUAUCGAUAAUUUCAUCAGUAAGUUACAGGAAGAGAUUAACAAGUGA